UAAAAUUACCCAAGAAAACAGCCAGACGAUACCCAGCGUAUGAGCUCUAUCUCUAUGGGGAAGGAAACUAUGCCGAAGAAAACAAAAAUCUCCUAUUAACAGGAAUUCCAGUUCUCUUUCUUCCUGGGAAUGCUGGCAGUUACAAACAAGUACGCUCUCUUGGCUCCAUUGCACUUAGAAAAGCAGAAGAUGUUGACUUCAAGUAUCAUUUUAAUUUCUUCAGUGUCAACUUUAAUGAGGAGUUGGUUGCAUUGUACGGUGGUAGUCUGCAACGACAGACCAAGUUUGUGCAUGAAUGCGUAAAAGUAAUUCUUAAGUUGUACAGGGAUCGAGAAUUUGCACCGACCAGUGUUGCGAUAGUAGGUCAUUCUAUGGGUGGUCUUGUUGCAAGAGCAUUGCUUACUCUGAAGAAUUUUAAGCCUGAACUUAUAAACAUCCUCAUUACGCAAGCCACACCUCAUGUUGCACCUGUAAUGCCUUUAGACAAAUAUCUUACCGAUUUUUAUACAGCUGUAAACAAUCAUUGGAUUCUAAAGGCCCAAGACUUAAGAAAUUUAACUACCCUUUCUGUGGCGGGAGGAUUCAGAGAUUACCAAGUUCGUUCAGGACUGGCUUUUCUACCAAGAUUGAGUCAGCAUGACAGUGCCUUAUCUGUUGUGAGCUCAGCUGUGCCUAGAGCUUGGGCCUCCACAGACCAUCUCUCCAUAGUGUGGUGCAAAGAAUUGAUCCUGGCUACCAUUAGAGCUUUUUUUGAUCUCAUAGAUGAAAAUACAAGGCAGAUAACUGAGGAUCCAAAGAAGAGAAUGUCUGUACUGAAUCACCACUUUGUAAGACACCCUGCAAAGAUAUUUGAGGAAAAUCCUGAAGUUUUCACGGAACUCACAGGAGCUUUCAUAUGGAUUACAGUCAAAGCCUCAAAAUGGACUUACUCAGUUUACAAUGAUUCUGAUGGAAAAUAUUUCACAUUUCCUCUUGCAAGCCACAGAAAAUCAUACAGUCAUUUUUACUGUGAGAACAGUAUGUUGGACACAAGUAGCUGGAUUUAUGGCUGCAUCAACAGCAGUUCAUCCAUGUGCCUGGAAGCUACUGAUUUAUCCUGGAAUGCUGAGUUACUUCCAACCACCAAGGUUGUAAUACUGAAACUUCAGGACUAUACUUCUUUGUCCCAUAUUGUCAUUCAGGUACCACCCACCGUUGGCAAUAAGUAUACUUUGGACUGUGAAUUCUUCAAAGAGGAUUCCAGAACAGUACAGCUUCCUGUAACACAUCUUUUUUCAUUUGGGCUUUCUUCAAGCAAAAUUCUGUUAAACUCAACUGGCUUACUUUACAAUGUACAGCUCCAGCACUUUAACCAAAUAUAUCAAGCUUUCAAAAUUUAUAUAGAGAGCCACUGCCAGUCACUCAAAGAAAGAAAACCUAAUGUUUACAGACUUCAUAUACCCUGGUCACAUGAAGACUCAUUAAUUGUAGCAAAAGUUCCGUCUUCUACUGAGAUUUCUGCAAAACUGCAUAUUGCUCAGCCUCAGAAUGAUAGCAGGGUUCCAGAGUUAAAUAUUUACUCUUCCUCAGACUGUCAGUAUGAAGUAAUACUGAAGACUUCACUUACACAGGUUCUUGGGCAAAUAAUAAGAUUCCAUGCUGGUGCUCUUCCUGUCUAUAUUGUUUCUAAUAUCCUUCUUACUUACGGAGGACAAUUGAGCACAUUGUUAUCAACAGGCCAGUGCUCAGACUUUUCCCUUGAACUAGUUAGGACAGCUAAACCCUACAAAGUAGAACCUCUUAUAAGCAUUAUUGUGUUUCUGCAGGGGUUUAACUGGCUUAGAGAGAUAUGGGAAUUGCUGUCACUACCAGAGGUGGAUGCUGCUGUACUGAGUAGUCGGGAUGUAUGGUUCCCCCUCGUGUCCCUGAUCCUAUUUCUUUUUGGGACAGGCAUUGCCUACUGGAGUGGAGUAGUUUUCUCUACAUCUCUCAGGCUCUUCUCAUCAUUAUGGUUAACUCUGAUGAGACCUACUGUACUUCAAAAAGAGAAGUUGAUUACACCCAGAAGACUCUGUGGGGUGUUAUCCCUUGCUUUGGUUAGCUGGACCACUUGUGGUGCAUUUGCUGUGUUCAUUAUUUAUCUUCAAUACUUAUUUAAGGUUAUAAAACUGCAUGUGAAUGUAAGAGCAGAACAAAACAUGCUCAGUGGGGAUUCAGGCCACUCAAAAGAAACUUCACAGAACUCCAGUAUACACACAGUCAAAAGACAGAGUUCCAUGGACAGUAUUUCAGAAGCAACACAAUCUCCUCCCAACAGUACAACAGUUGAUGAAGCCAUUAACAGUCUUAGGAUGCAUGUUACAAUUCUCAAUUUAUUCACGUGGAUUGUGCUGCUCAACUUGCCAUCUUUAAUUUAUUGGUUAAAAAAUCUCAGGUACAAUGUUAGACUUGAUCCUGAUCCAUGUAGAUCAACAGCUAUUGUCAUUGUAUGCAUUUUAGAAAUCCUCAUGAAUUCAAGUACUUCUGAAGUGAAAUCAAGUAAACUCUUGAAGAUCGCAGCCAAAGUUCCACUCCCUUUGUCUGUUGCAAUGUUGGCCUUUGGACGAAUGCAUUUAUACAAAGUACCACACUUUGUAACCUUUUCUCUUCUUCUACACGUGCUGUGUUGUAUUGUGUAACGUUCGUUAUACAUAGGAAGAACACUGCGGCCUAGAAACUUAACGCUGGAGAUGAGGAAAAUUUCAACAAGUAAAUGCCUAGAUUAAUAUCAUCAGUAGUUUACAUUAUGUGGAAAAGAGGACAGAACUGUGAAUGCUUUAGGAAAAGUUCGUGGUUCUGUUCGUGUUGCUUAGAAAGCUUUUCAUGGUGUUUAUUUCCUGACUGAAAAUUAAGUGAAUUAACUCUGUGUGUGUGUAAGCACAUAAAUCAUAUCCUAUCAGUGUAACAUCUCAAUACUCUGUCUGCCUUGUAGACACUUUGAUAUUUCACUAUACUUCUUUGUUGAAACACUUUUUUUUUUUACUCACUAUGCCAUACAGUGCGUAUAUUCUGAACUUGCAUCUCUUGCAGGUCUAAAUUAUGCUGGUUAAAACUCAAUACAUUUCAAGCACACUGUGACUAUCACAAAAACUACACAGCCAAGUAUACUUUUAAUCAUUUUAUGCUACAUUUAAAAGCUGCCACAGCUGUGUCUAGACAAACUAGAAUGUACUGCUUAUAUAGAACUGUUAUUUCUAUCAAACCAUUUGUUCAAUCAGUGCGAGUUGAACAUUUGUGAGAUUACUGAAAGUCUUAUACAUUUUACUUUUUGUGAGAGUGACAAAACAAUAUUCUGUGUAGCUUUCUAUUCAGGAAGGAUACCAGCAGAUUCAUAAACAAUUUGCUCUGAUGUUGUUUUAAAACAUUGCCAGUUUUCUCUGGAAUUUUGUCAAUUCUGAAAUUAUUCCUUGGCCUUUGCCCAUAUGUAGAAGCUAGCAGAUGUUGAGGUAUGGUGUGAUUUUUACAGUGCAGUUAUUGUACUGCACUGUUUCCAAGUAGACAAGGCAGGUUUUUUCCUAUUGUAAACGGAGAAUCAACUGUCUCAUAAUAAAUGUCCAUACAUGAAAUUAAUAUGGAAUAGUUACAACUGUGUAAAUUCAUGCCCUGCCAUACAGUGCUAACUUCAUCAUGUGGACAAACUCUUAGUAAUAGUGGGAAAUACUGACCAUAAUUAUUAGAUCUGUAUAAAGUAUUAUCUUAGUGCCUAGAUGCUACAGUGACUGCCAUUUAUAAUAAAGCCUAAAACAGCUAUGCGUAAGGCAUUCUGUCCCCGGGUACGUGUUCUGCCAACAGAAGAAAUCUCAGUAGCCAUUAGGUUAGAAUGAUGCACUGAUUCUGUGUAGAGAUGAGCCCGCUACUUACUUAUGCGUUAGCUGUCUCCGCUCUGUCCGAGAUACUGGUUAUCUCCAUACAGAGAUACGAGACCAGCUCAAUCAUCUUAGACAAAUAAGAGGAAAUCUGCUGCCCACAGUCAAUCAAGUAUAUUCUCGAUAUAGUAGUACAGCCAGCUUGAUCCAUUAAUUUUAUCCUAUCUCAUUAGUCUUGCCUAAAGUGCCUCAGUUAGUUCUAGUGUGUUAGGGUCAAUUCAUUUGGGCUGGCUGAAAGGAUUCAAUUCACACAGUGACUUACCGAAAUGAAAGACAAAUAUGAAGUAAGCAUGCAUUUUGUCUGCUUAUAUCCAAGUCAGCAGUUCAAGUUAUGAGUAAGUCAUUAAAACUGCUUUAAUUAAAACUAUUACAGUUAACCAAAUCACUGUCGCUGUUAUCCGUAAUCUAUGUGCUGGUAUUCUAUUCUUAAUCUUUUCUGAAAAAGGUUAAUUAUACAUAGUGUCUGUAAAUUGGAAAAAUUAUUUUAAUAUAUUGAUACUUUCUAAUCAAAUGUAUGCUACAGUAUAUGUAUUUAAGAGAAUCUGUGUGUCUAAAUAUACUUGUAGCUAAACCCACCAGUUGGUUUAACCUAAAAAUUGCUGUUUGGACGUAGAAGAAUAGAGUAGUUUUUCUACUUUCAAAUGGCUGUGAAUGAAAGAUGGUGGCAGAACUGCAUUGGGGCUGGUAAAAGGCCAUCUGUGAAAUGUGAAGUAUCUGAUUUCUGUGGAAGAUAGUUUUCCUUGGCCUUCAUGGUCUACUGUGUUUUAAUUCUCAUAUUAUUUUGCCAUCUUAAUGGGUUCUUUAUGCAUAAAUCCAUUUGUCGGAGCUGAUGGUGGAAUAAAAUAAUAAUCAGAAUAAGGAGAGCAAACAGUCUCUGCACGUAGUAGCUUUGAUAGCUUCCAAAAUCUGCCACAAUGUGAAACUUACUGAAUUACAGUAGCAUAGAAUAACACAAUUUUUUUUUCAUUUAAUGAUAUUUUUAAAGCUGGGAAUUAUAUUGGUAGCUGUUAUCGCUCAUUUUCAUGUUGGAGGUAGGAAUAGAUACAAUCCUGAGUGAGAUCCCAGAUGACAGAAUUUGUCACAUCUCCCUCAAUGCUCCCUUUCUUUUCAGAGAUGGUUUACCUUCACUAGUGGAAAAGGAGUGGAAGUCUUACUGCUGCUUUGGGUUUAUAUACAUUCUGUGUCAUUUGCUAGAUGAAAACUGUUCUCAGAAAUGUGCAUCUGGAUUUUGCAGCGAUUGUGGACUGUAAUUUCAGCUGUUUGAGAGAUUAGGUGUCUAAUCCCAACUAGAUUUUCUAUAUAGUCACUGGAGGGGGAUAGGAUUAGAACAAGUUCAGAGAACAAUUCACCCCAUUCUAAGAGAAGAUGAAUUAUCCUACUUGCCAUUCUGAAAAGGACAAGAUUUUAUAGCAGUCUAAAGCUGUUUUUGAGGUAAAAUACAAUGAAUGUUGUUACUUUUGGAGAAGAGGCCUCUGUUAUGCAAAUCUCUUGUUCUGCCACUGUUUACAAUUGUAAUCUCGGCGGAAAUGUAGGCUAACCCAAUAUAAAUACUUCUAAUUGUGUGUAUGAGGAAGUGUAAAUAUUAUGGAAAUAUCCUUUGUUAUGAGUAGGCUGCACUUAUAAAACAAAUAUAUUGUAAUGUCUCUUAGUACCUUUAACUAAAUUAAAAUUCCAGUUUAUUCUUCAAAUUUUAGAUUAUUUAGACUGUGUGGGAGAAGAUCAAGACACAAUUUGUAAUGGAUUAGAACUCUGCUCUAUAAGGAAAGAUUUCUAUUAACAUGCAGACCCAAACUCUGUUGCUCUCCGUUUUCAGAAGUUGAGGUACUAAUUUUGCAAAACCACUGUUCUUCAUCUAUGUGGAUGUUAACCACAUUUAGAUAGAGAUUAUGGCACAUAAUCUAGCAUUUAGGUUGAGAUUAAGCCACCAUUUUUUGGCUUGUACCUCAGGAUACAUUCAAAAUAAGAACUAUUUGUGUGGCUCUUUUCUAGUUCUUUUUUAAUAACCUAUCAGAAAUGGAAUAUAAAAACAGGGUAAGAACCUAGAGUACCAAAUGUCACUAAUUUUAUGUACAGCAUAUAUGUACAGCAGAAUCUUUCUCUGGCAGGGGGAGAUUUACUGAGCAGCUUUUAGUGUCAUCUCCAUACCCUGAAUUGCUCUUGAAGUCUAUAAGCUUUUCUGAUUGAUGUGAUCAAACAUAGUCUUAUCACACUGCAAUCAAAAUAGCUACACCUGUACCUAACAGUUACAAAAGGUCUAUAUUUGUCUGGUAAGGAAAAACUGUGCCCUCUUAACUGUAGUUACCAUAUUUACCGUGAAACUGAAUGUUUGAAUGUUGUCCAAAGGUGGUAUUUUCAGUUUUGAAUUAAAAGUUGGUUGCAAUAUGUCAUGUUUCAACAUCCUGUUAAAAGGGGGAUUGUUGUUCUGGUUGGUGUUUCGUUUUGUUUCAAAAAAACCCACAAAACCACCAGUAACUGGAUUUUAAGUUAAUAUUAUUUCAAAUACUUCGAGUUCUGAUCUGAUUUUUGGUUUUGAGUGGGCUGAUACAUGUAGCAAUUCAUUCCAAAAUACUAAUUUGCUAAGUUUUAAAACAAACAAACGAAUAACAAAACAAAACCCUAAAUAACGUAGUAGUAAUAUAGUGCAGAAGACAUAGAGACUGCCUGUAUGUCUAAGUGAACUUUUCAACUAUAACCUAAUUGGGCUAUCUUUAUGUCAGUGUUUAAAAAAAAAAAUAAAAUAAAUAAAUUGAUACUUAAAAAUCCCAAAAAGCAUCAUUGCUUACAUAGGUAUUUUAUACAGUCUUAAUUUUCCAUGUGUUUGCCAGUAACAAGGUUAUGAACUUGUUACUUGAUUAUUAUUUUUUUCCAAAAUCUGAUGCAUCUGCUUCUAAGCUUCGACAGGACAGAAUAAAGUUGAUUAUGUGCCUGUGAAUAAAUGUAAACAUUUGAGAAGCUUUCAUUUGAUCAAAUUUAUUUCAGUACAGUGAUGAGCUUGUUUAGAUUUUUGUCUGGCUUAUACUGAGGAAAAAACCCAGCCAUUUACAGACCUUCAAUACUCUGAGUUACUGAAAAAUUUUUUGGAAGUGGUUACAGUGUCUGUAUGAUAAUUGUGCUGUUGUUUUAAGUCACUAAGCUGCUAGAAAAUUGUUAGUUGUAAACCAGACUGAACUUGUAAUGCUUAUUUUCCAUUUCAUGAUGAAUGUUAGUCACAAUUUACAGCUUUGACUUUUUACAUCUCUCUUUUCUGGGAGAUAAUCAAGCUAGCUUUCUUCAGCAUUUAGCACUGGUUUUAAAAUUUUGACCACCGUUCCUUUAGGGGAGACCUACUUUUGUCACCAAAGCUACAUGCUGCUCUUGUGUACAUCUGGAAAUGUGUGCCAAUGCCUGACAAUUGAAACCAGAUUCAUUUUUAUGUUAAAGUAAAAUAGUUUUUCUAUCUUUUUUUAGAUCCAGAACUUUAAGCUGGUAUUCAUAAUAGAAUCCUUAAAAUCUCUAGAAGUUUACUUGAAAACCUUUUGCAAAGAUUAUUUUUUCGCAUGUAUAUUAUUCAUGGAAGAAUGUAUUCAAAGCUUUUAAUCAGCUCAUUUAUCUUAAAGCUUAAAUAAAAUCUAUAAAUUUCAUCUUGUUAGUAAACAUUACUGCUUUUAAAAAUACAUUUAAGGAGAAAAUUCUAUAGCUCUUAGUUAAGGAAAUCUGCCCAGCACCUCAAUUUUUCAGGUAUCUAAGCACGUAACUGCCUCAAAUAUGUGCUUAUUGCCUUGUAACUUGAAGUCAAAACUGCGAUGUUUUGACUUUAAUUUCACUUAAGAUUUAGGCCUCAUUCUGCAUUCUUAAAUGCAAACAGACUUUGCUACUCAUGCUGUCAUAAACAAAUCUUGUAAGCAUGGCCUCUACAGUCAUUGGCAGGUUGUGGCCUAGAUUGUGUAGGAAUCUGUGUGGUAUCAAUCAGCGCUAAUCUUGUGUCAAUAAAGGUCAGGAAUGGCACAAACAAAUUUUUUGUUUUGCGGCACAUCAUUCCAGUUCCUCCUUCCAUACACAGUUGUCCUUGGUUUGCAGUAUCCUUCCACUGUAGUACAAACAUGAUGUUCACAGUAAAAGCAGGCUCUGUGACUCACCUAGUGAAGAUAGGCAGCAACUGUCCCAUAGACUGUUCUUCUACUGCAGUUUUGCAUGUUUGUUGAAAUACCAGCAAAGACUUUUUCUCCCUCCAACUUAAAUAAUUUCAGGGUACAUAAAUUAACUAUAACAUGUGCAAGUGUGUUCAAUGUUUAGUUUUAUAAAAUGCUAAGUGCACUAUUUGGGGAUCAAUUCGGGCUUCAGUAUUUUCCACUUACGUCACUUCGAGUGUGAAAACAGUAUUUGAGACUGCAGCAUCUGACAACUGAAAUAUUUUACAGAAGUCUACAAGUAGUAGACGUGACAUACUUAAUUAGAGUGCCAGACCAAAAUUGAAAUGUGAAAUUCCUCACUGUGAGUUUAAACUUGUAGCUUUCUAGAGCAAAAAAAAAAUACUGUGCCUUAAACCAGUAAAUGAAUAUACUCUAACUGUAGCCUGUGGACUUCUGUAGCCUUAUAUUUGAUUUUUGAAAUUCACCAAAAGUAUUUGUGUGGGUCAUACUGAAACUUGAUUUCGGGGAAACUACUUUUAAAAAAUAUUUUGAUCCCUUUUUACUACGCUUACAGAAAUGAAGAUUUAUGACAAGUACAGUAUAUUUGUGGUUUGAAAUCACACCAACCAAAGUCAGAAAGCUUUAGCUAAUCUUAAUUUCUCAAGUCUUUCUAUUGUGUCAAAAAGAAAAAUUAUGAAGGAAAACUAGUCUCAGAUAUCUGUCUCAACUUUGAAGUCUGUCUGUCAAAUUAUUUUGAAAAAUUUUGUUCUUUAGUUUCUUCAAAAUAAAAAAAAUCCUCUCGUUGUAGUUUAAGCAGAAUACUGUAUUUAAGCCACUGAGUAUCAAUAUAUAAGCCAGUGUGAGAAGAAAACUAGAAUGAGGUGGGGUUGGUGUGUUGUUUGAAGGCUCCAGAAGUCUUGAAUAAUAAAUUUCACUUUUUAGGAAAAAAUAUUCAUAUAUAGAAUGCUGAAAGGGGUUUUUUUGGGAAAAAGUUUAUACAUUCUGUUCUUCUCAAUUCAUUAAAGAAAACCAUAAAUAGUCAAGAUGUUAAAAUCUUGUUUUGAUAUAACAGAAUGAUUUCUUGUGCAUUUUUUCUAAUAUGAAGAGCUCAGGAAAAGCCACUGCUGGCUUUCCUUAUGUGUCUCUGCAGGUUCUUUGUACAUUUUGAACAAAACCCCACAAAUUCUGACCUUUUUUUCCCCCCUCAGUAUUAGUACUGUGUAGCACUGAAUCUUGAAUAAAGAUGCCACUCAAAGCUUAUCAUUGGGCUGUAGAUACUUAGAUAUGCACACAGAAUGACUGUGUGUCAGCUGAUCACAGUAGCUGUUGGAAGCAAUACAAAUCAAAGUUAUUAACCUUCUUUUAUCGAGAACUAACUUGAACCUGGCAGCCGCAAUGCUGCUGUGGCACAACAAAAAACAUGCAAUUUUUGUGUCUUGCCUGCUACUUCCUUCUGUGGGUUAGUUUAGGACUUUUAAAACUCUUGUUCCAGUCACCUAACUUUCUCUUCUUUCUUUUGUCAUGAUGGUGUUUCAGUAAUCCUGGCCAUUGUUGAUUUCCUAGCCACAGGAAUAGUCUAGUAUUAAAAUCAUUGAGAGGGCAGAACUACCUUUAAGGCCUUUAUAUAUGAUGAUUAGUCUAGAAAAAAAUGUGUAACCUAGGCCUAGUAACUUGAUUCCCUACUUAGCUUUUAAUUGUUUUUCCAAGCCCAAAGACAGAAUAAUGUUGGCCAAAAUACCUGUUUGGGGUAACUGGGGGAGAGGGAGAGGACUGUUGUUUGGUCAGUUUUAAGAGGACUUAAAACUUUGAAGAACAAGUAUGUAAGUUUUGGAAAAAUCUAUUGCUUCACAAGCAACCCGUCCUACGUGUUUUUAACUCUUCCUCUGUUUUCAGUUCUUAUAUAGCUAAUGUAAAUCUGGUGGUGUAGGUGGAGCUACCUCUUAAGCUACAGGUUUCUAGAGAUGUUGACAGGGUCUUAUCUGUAAAUGUUUGAAUAACAUAAUAAAUUACUGUGCUUAUUAAAAUGCUUAUAACUGAUUUCUCAGAUACAGAUCAUGCAACGCAUGAUAAGCUUUGGCAAAGUCCUUGUCUUGUGAGAUGCUGAGAAAACCUUGUAGAAUAGGUAUCUUAAGCUAAUGUUUAAAUUGCUGACAGCUUGAAAUCUCAGAACCUUUAAAAACUGUGCUUUUAGAUAAUGGUACUUUUUUUUGAAGUUGAGGGCAACUUGAGUGGGAGCUACUCUAAGAUUUUCAUAUUUUGUUUGAUGGUUUCCCUGUCUGCAGUAUAUAUUUCACUUUUUUUGUCUUUUUUGUCUUUCUUUUUUACCUAAGUGGGCAUGACUUAGAGUACACUGUAUAGCAUAUGCUCUGCUAAAUAAACACUUCUGGAUAUUUUUGUAUGGUGUUCUAACAUGGUUGCAUUAGUACAAAUGGUUGUAAUUCACAAAAAGUGCCACUUACCAGUCAUACUCUGUAGAGUGUUGUGAAUGUUACCUGUACUUCUGUUGUACAAACACGCUGAAGAGUGUCGUUUGCCUUUAGUCUUUGCUCAGGUACUCAUGUGGAGCGGUUUGGUGCUUUUCCUUCUGACUUGUAAUACUUGGGAUUCUAAGCAGGAAAUAAAAACAGUGAACAAAAGCAUUGUGUUAGAACAGUACUUUAAGUAACACACUUUUUUCACAUCUCAAGUAGAAUACAAUAAAGAUCAUACUUGAUGAAGCUCGUCUCAGUAUCUUAACUCGUGCACCUUAGGCUGUUAUACCUGCCUUGCUAUCAUGAAUGGGAAAUGCAAUAAAAUGGAAGAAGUUUGGUGAAUAAUGUAGUUUAUAUAGAAUACUGUAUGUAUAAAAUUUAUUCUUAGCUAAACUAACUCAUUUUAAAUCUGCCUUUUGUUCUAG